AUGAACGCCGCGUCCAUUGUUGCAGGCGCGGUCGGCGGUGACGGCGACGACAGCGAUGACAAGGAAAAGGAAGAAGAAGCCGAACGCGAACGGCAGGAGGCGAUCCGCGAGGCCGAGGAGCGACGCAAGGAGAAGCACCGCAAGAUGGAGGAGGAGCGGGAGAAGAUGCGCCAGGAGAUCAGGGACAAGUAUAAAAUCCCCAAGAAAGAGGAAAUGGUCGAGCAGCAGCAAUCCGAACCAGACAAUCCCCUGAUGAGGAAGAAGAAGACUCCUGAGGAGCUCGCUGCGGAGGCCGAACUUGAAGAUCAAGACGAGUUCACAAAACUGAAAAACACCAUCGAGACGCAGGUCAACGAGUUGAAGUCACAGAUCGAGAGCAAGUGUGUCAUGCAGAUGGAAAGCGAUAAUAUAUGUGGAGAGCGACCCUAUAUACUGCCGUUGAGAACAGAGCGCAUUCCG